AUGGCGCAACGACCGGUAUUUUGGCAGAAGCGCGUUCUCGUGCCCUUCUGGGUGGUGCGAAUAUGUAUCAUGCUCUUGAUCAUUGGAGCAGUAGGCAUUUCGCUGAGCAAUGUGAAAGAAUUGGAAGACGUUAUCCAACCCUCAGUCUCAUUGCUCAUUGUCAUUAUACUCUUCAGCUGUAUAGUGCUCCUCAUCGACAUUCUCGCCAUCCUGCUCUUCCUUCGCGAUGCGCUGAAACCCGGCACUUUCCUCACCAUGAACUCGUUCCAGACUGCGUUCUGGGGCGUCGCCUUGAUCAUGGAGUUUGCGGAUAUUGGCAAGGGCGGUAGCCACGUCGGGCUUGGAUUCGGCGUCUUUGUAUUCCUCAGCUACUUCGGUCUCUUCAUCUACUCGGUCAUCGGUUAUCGUCGCGCGAAGGCAGAGGCCAAACGAGGCCAGUACGCACCGGCGCACAACCCAUUCGGGGGUUCCGUACCUGCUCAGGAAUCAUCUCCGUAUAACAGCGCACCCGAAUACCAAAAUACCGCAUACCACUCGCAGACGCAACCUGCUGAGAUGAACAACCAGUAUCUUCCGCCAUACCAGAGCGGUGCUGCGACCGACUACUACCAGCAGCCGGUGAAGCCUGCUCAUAUCGUAUGA